UCGUUCUCCUAGGCGGAAACCCGAGUCGAGUGUGUUUUUCCCAGGAUGUCCCGCGCUACUGUCAUGGCUGCGUCCAUGCGACGAUGUCUGCACAUGGGCUUUUAGAGCUGUGGGUGUAUUCAUAGGAUCUGUUGCCACUAGAUUUCGGCAUCUUUGGACCCUCUUCCUUUCACUUUCUUUUGUUGACUCCCGAGUGACCCUCGUAGAACCCAUUUUGGCUGCAGCGUUGUCCAGAGUGAUGUGGAUACCCGAGCUGGCAGUUUUGAGGGGCUUCCCAACUGAGGCUGAGCGGCAGCAAUGGAAGCAGGAGGGAGUCACCGGUUCAGAGAGUGGAUCCUUCUUACAGUUGCUGCUAGAAGGGAACUAUGAAGCCAUAUUCUUAAAUUCAUUGACUCAAAAUAUUUUUAACUCAACAACGAUGACUGAAGAAAAGGUAGACAGCUACCUGGAGAAGCAGAUAGUAAUGUUCCUGGAUUACUCAACAGAUUUGGACACAACUGAAAGACAACAGCUGAUAUUCCUAAUUGGUGUAAGCAGUUUGCAACUUUUUGUUCAGAGUAACUGGACGGGGCCUCUCGUUGAUUUACAACCUCAGGAUUUUUUGCCAUCCAUUUUGUUCCAGCAAUUCAGUGAGGUCAAAGGACUGGAUGCAGCUGUUCUGAAUCUGCUUGUUCUAGAUGGUGAAUCAGUCUAUAGCCUGACCUCAAAGCCUAUCCUGCUCUUAUUAGCACGAGUUAUUCUAGUGAAUGUGAGACAUAAACUGACAGCUGUUCAGAGUUUGCCAUGGUGGACGCUAAGAUGUGUGAGUGUUCACCAGCAGUUACUGGAGGAGCGCUCCCCGCAGCUCUCUGCUCUUGCUGGAGACUGUAUUGAGGAAGUGACGAAACUAGAAGAUCUGUUCGUAGGCGCUUCCGGUCAGCAUUUGGCUAUUCAAUUCCAUCUGGAGUGUGCAUAUAUAUUUUUAUAUUAUUACGAAUACACAAAAGCAAAAGAUCAGUUCAGCAUUGCUAAAGAUAUCAGCAAAUUACAAGUUGAUUUGACAGGUGCUUUGGGGAAAAGGACACGGUUCCAGGAAAAUUAUGUGGCACAACUUAUUUUAGAUGUAAGAAGGGAAGGGGAUGCCUUUUCACCUGGUGAAUUCAGUCCAGCACCUACUCCUCAAGAACAUUUAACCAAGAAUCUUGAGCUCAACGAUGAUACUGUUCUAAAUGAGAUAAAGUUAGCAGAUUGUGAACAGUUUCAGAUACCUGACCUGUGUGCUGAAGAGCUUGCUGUUAUCCUUGGAAUCUGCACAAAUUUCCAGAAGAAUAACCCAGUGCAUAAGUUAACUGAAGAGGAGCUGCUGGCAUUCACAUCAUUUUUGCUUUCACAACCAAAGUUUUGGGCCAUUCAGACAUCAGCCUUGAUCCUCCGGACAAAACUUGAGCGAGGAAGCACACGCCGAGUGGAACGGGCAAUGAGGCAGACACAGGCUCUUGCAGACCAGUUUGAAGAUAAGACUACAUCUGUACUGGAACGUCUGAAGAUUUUCUAUUGCUGUCAGGUACCCCCUCACUGGGCCAUUCAGCGCCAACUUGCAAGUUUUCUCUUUGAACUGGGAUGCACGAGUUCAGCCCUUCAGAUAUUCGAGAAGCUAGAAAUGUGGGAGGAUGUUGUCAUUUGUUACGAGAGAGCUGGGCAACACGGGAAGGCAGAAGAAAUCCUUAGGCAAGAGCUGGAGAAGAAAGAAACGCCGAGUUUAUACUGCUUGCUCGGAGAUGUCCUUCGAGACCAGUCUUGCUACGACCGGGCCUGGGAGCUGUCCCGCCACCGCAGCGCUCGGGCCCAGCGCUCCAAAGGCCUCCUUCAUCUGCGGAACAAAGAGUUCAGAGAAUGUGUGGAGUGCUUUGAGCGUUCAGUGAAGAUCAACCCCAUGCAGCUGGGGGUGUGGUUUUCUCUUGGCUGUGCCUAUUUGGCCUUGGAAGACUACAGAGGUUCAGCGAAGGCAUUUCAGCGUUGUGUGACUCUAGAACCGGACAAUGCUGAAGCUUGGAACAAUUUAUCAACUUCCUAUAUCCGACUAAAACAAAAAGAAAAAGCUUUUAGAACUUUGCAAGAAGCUCUCAAGUGCAACUAUGAACACUGGCAGAUCUGGGAAAACUACAUUCUCACUAGCACUGAUGUUGGGGAAUUUUCAGAAGCCAUUAAAGCUUAUCACCGGCUCUUGGACUUACGAGACAAAUACAAAGACGUUCAGGUCCUUAAAAUUCUGGUCAGGGCAGUGGUUGACGGGGUAACCGAUCGAAGUGGAGAUGUCGCAACUGCCCUCAGAGGAAAACUGCGGGAAUUACUUGGCAGAGUGACUUCAAGAGUGACGAAUGAUGGAGAAAUCUGGAGGCUGUAUGCCGCAGUGUAUGGAAAUGGGCAGAGUGAAAAGCCUGAUGAAAUUGAAAAGGCGUUCCAGUAUCUCUCUAAGGCAUACAAGUGUGACACACAGUCCAGUUGUUGGGAGAAAGACAUGACAUCAUUUAAGGAAGUGGUGCACAGAGCUUUAGGACUCGCACAUGUGGCUAUAAAACACAGUAAAAACAAGUCCAGUCCCCAGGAGGCUGUGCAGGUGCUUUCCUCAGUUCGACUCAAUUUGCAGGGCUUGUCAUCUAAGGCAAAGCAACUUUUUACAGAUGUGGCAAGUGGAGAAAUGUCCCGGGAGUUAGCUGAUGAAGCAGCAGCGAUAGACGCCCUUGUCACAGAGCUGCAAGGCCUGAGCAACCAGUUUCGAAACCAGUACUGACCAUCCUGGGAACAGUAGCUGGAAAAGGAGCUUUCGCCGUCUGAAUUUCUCUUAUACCUGUGUAUCUGAAACACAAGAUAAUGAUUUUUAAAAAAAAUAAAAUUCUCCUUAAUGGCUAACA